UUACCAAGAUGGACUUCACCCUAAUAACAGGGCUGAAGACUGGUGACCUCUAUAUACCGAAUAUCCAUCGUUCGAAGAAGUCAUUAAGAGAAAAAUACUUCCAUGAAUAUCUUAUCCUAAAGAAACACUUACAGGAGGUGUUCAAUAGGAUAGUUGAUAGCAAUGAUCACGAAGAUGUCAUGAAGUUAGCCCUAAUAUUAUGUGUAGAGUGGUUUGUUAGGGGUACCGACAUGAAUAUUAUAUGUUGUAAAGAGUUUAUUGACCUUGUCGACUCGUUGGAAGACUUUAAUAUCUACCCCUGGGGUAGUUUGGCCUUCCAAAUGAUGACGGAAGGGAUCGAGAGUGCCUUCAUGGCAUCCCAGGAGCCUCAUUACAAUGUCACCGGUUGCAUAUUUCCCCUACAGAUAUGGGCCGUUGAGAGAGUACCAACUCUCCAAUAAUGUAUAAUUUCAUACGUUCCCUUCCAAUUUCCACGAUUCAUAUAGUAUCGGGGAUGGAAGGUUUUGAGGUAUAAGAAGAUUCAUGAAAUUAUAGAGAGUAAAGAUGUAAGUCAAUUUCUAUGAAGCUAAGUAGUCACUCAUUUAACUAUAUAUAUUUGUGUGUGUGUGUCUGUGUGUGCGUGCGUGUGUG